CUCCUUGGAAGUUACGUCAUCCUGUCAACAUGUAAGAUGGCGACGCAUCACAGGCAAAAUGCUGCGGGGCGGAGGAAAGUCCAGGUGUCGUAUGUCAUCCGCGAUGAGGUGGAGAAGUAUAACCGCAAUGGAGUUAAUGCCCUGCAGCUGGACCCAGCCUUGAACCGGCUCUUCACCGCUGGCCGAGACUCCAUCAUCCGGAUAUGGAGCGUCAACCAGCACAAGCAGGACCCUUACAUAGCAUCGAUGGAGCAUCAUACAGACUGGGUCAAUGACAUCGUACUGUGUUGCAACGGGAAAACAUUAAUCUCGGCCUCCUCGGACACCACAGUAAAGGUCUGGAAUGCGCACAAAGGCUUCUGUAUGUCGACGUUGCGAACGCAUAAGGACUAUGUCAAAGCCUUAGCAUAUGCUAAAGAUAAGGAACUGGUGGCCUCUGCAGGCCUUGACAGGCAGAUCUUCUUGUGGGACGUGAACACAUUAACAGCUCUUACUGCCUCAAAUAACACAGUCACCACGUCUUCGCUUAGUGGAAAUAAGGACUCCAUCUAUAGCCUGGCUAUGAAUCAGAUGGGCACAGUCAUUGUGUCAGGCUCCACUGAAAAGGUAUUACGAGUUUGGGAUCCUCGAACUUGUGCCAAGCUCAUGAAGUUGAAAGGCCACACAGACAACGUCAAGUCCUUGCUCUUAAACCGCGAUGGCACACAGUGUUUGUCGGGCAGUUCCGACGGAACCAUCCGGCUGUGGUCGCUGGGCCAGCAGCGCUGCAUCGCCACGUACCGCGUCCACGACGAAGGCGUGUGGGCACUGCAGGUCAACGAGGCCUUCACACACGUCUACUCCGGUGGUCGUGACCGCAAGAUCUACUGCACGGACCUACGCAACCCGGACAUCCGUGUCCUCAUCUGUGAGGAGAAGGCCCCUGUCCUCAAGAUGGAGCUUGACCGAUCUGCAGACACUCCCUCAGCUAUUUGGGUCUCCACCACCAAGUCUACGGUUAAUAAAUGGUCUCUAAAGGGCAUGCAUAAUUUCCGAGCAUCUGGUGAUUAUGACAACGACUGCAGCACUCCCCUGACGCCACUUUGCACACAGCCAGAGCAGGUCAUCAAAGGGGGAGCCAGUAUAAUCCAGUGCCACAUUCUUAAUGACAAAAGACACAUCCUUACCAAAGACACAAACAACAAUGUAGCAUAUUGGGAUGUGUUGAAGGCAUGCAAGGUCGAGGACCUUGGAAAGAUGGAAUUUGAUGAGGAAAUCAAGAAACGUUUCAAGAUGGUCUAUGUGCCAAACUGGUUCUCUGUGGAUUUGAAAACCGGGAUGCUGACAAUCACCCUGGAUGAAAGUGACUGCUUUGCCGCGUGGGUGUCUGCCAAGGAUGCUGGGUUCACUAGUCCUGAUGGAUCUGACCCAAAGCUGAAUCUUGGAGGACUCUUACUGCAAGCCCUGUUAGAAUACUGGCCACGGACACACAUCAAUCCCAUGGAUGAGGAGACAGAGCUCAACCACGUGAAUGGGGAGCAUGAGAGCAGAAUACAGAAAGGAAAUGGCUACUUCCAGGUGCCUCCACACACCCCUGUCAUUUUCGGGGAGGCAGGAGGGAGAACUCUGUUCAGGUUACUCUGUCGAGAUUCAGGUGGAGAAACUGAAUCCAUGCUGCUCAACGAGACCGUUCCACAGUGGGUUAUUGACAUCACAGUGGAUAAAAACAUGCCGAAAUUCAACAAAAUCCCAUUCUACCUCCAGCCACACUCAUCCUCUGGAGCAAAAACGCUGAAGAAGGACCGCUUGUCAGCAAGCGACAUGCUGCAGGUGCGCAAAGUGAUGGAGCACGUCUACGAGAAGAUCAUUAACUUGGACAACGAGUCCCAGGCGGGCGGGACGGCCAGUGAGAAGCCCAGUGAGCAGAAGGAAGAGGAGGACAUGGCCGUGCUGGCGGAGGAGAAGAUCGAGCUACUGUGUCAGGACCAGGUCCUGGACCCUAACAUGGACCUGCGGACAGUGAAGCACUUCAUCUGGAAGAGUGGGGGCGACCUAACGCUUCACUACCGCCAGAAGUCCACGUGAGGGCAGGAGGGGGGACUGCUGCACUCCAAACCAACGCCUGUUCCUACCCCUCUCCCCCCCAACCCUCUCCACCCUCAGGGUGCCAACAUGGACCACUGCACUCAGCCCACACACCCACCCUCUUCCAUCAGUAACACUUUAGGAGGCAAACCAACCAACUACUCACAGAUAUGCCCCCAUACCCUCACACCCCUACUUGCUUCAUAUCUCAGUCAUAAACCACCUGGUCACUAAAGCUGUUGUCACCUCUGCACUAGUGGAAGUGGAGUGUCAUUUUGAAUCUGCCAUGUUCAGACAGAAAUGGUUAGCCGGCUUGAAUGAGGAGGAAAAGGUCCGGCAGAUCCUGCUUUGUACAGUGAAAACAGACUCGUCAUCAGUGGAGUUUGUCACUUUAUUUAAUAUGACUCCUUUUUUUUUAUCGAUGUAAUACAGAUUUGUCUUGGUAUCUGAAUCAACACCUUUUUUUUUUCUUGAGAGAUGCCCCAACAACUGAUAGUUCUUGUUGGGACAUCUUAGACCAAGGUGUUAUGAAUUUGUCCUACAUUCCAGGGAUUUCUUUUCUGUUCCAUAUUCACCAACACCACCCCUCCUCCAGCUUCAUUCAUAACUGUCCACAGGGUUCAGACAGGAAGACGAGGAGGAAAUCAAAGGGAUGAUCACAAUCCUGACCUGCAUGACAGGCAGCAUUUUAAUACAAUCAGCUAAUUCAUAGAAUGUAAGAGAGCACUGCUUUUAAAAAACAGGAAGCCUAUCCUGAGCAAUGCGUUGUUCUUUAGGCACAGGGGGCUCAGACAACUUAACAUAUGGACUCAAAAUCUCAUAUUGCAUUGCUGUCUUAGGUUGCUCCUCGUAAAUCAUUGAUGCCGCCAUUUUGUAAAUAUAUUGUAAUUAUUUUGUAGGCAAACUGACUGAUGAGUUGUUGACCCUGAUGAUCAGGAUUUUUUUUUUUUUUUUUAAAGCAAACAUAUGUUUUCUUCAAAAGGGUGCUUUUUUCACAUGUAAAUGAGAUGAGAUUCAUGACAGGUGUGCUGGUGGAUUCCCAGGAGUUAGAUUUCCAGUACAGGACCGUAAAAGGUGUGUGUGUGUGGUUUUACUUGUGAUUGUCUGCUGCUAACCAUCAGGAUACCUUAACAGGAGAGGGAUUAGGACAAGAAGUCUACAGAAAGCACACUGGUCACAUUGUGUGAACUGAUACUCCACAUGAACAGCUCAUAGUGGUUGCAUUGACAUGGACCCAUCUUGUGAACCACUGUGUAUUGACAUUAGGGAAUGUAAGCAACAUGUGGUUCAGUUAGGGUCAUACCCAGUGCUUCAUGAAUGAUGAUCCAUUGGUGCAUUGUCUAUGCUGUAUUCUGCUCUGUGCAUGCAAUAUCAGUGAUUUAUGUAGUUGCUCCUGGUGGGACAGUGUGACCAAAUACCGUUGAGGAACAGAAGAACUUGACAGAUCAUACAACAGGGAUAUGACUGGAUGGUGGAAUAACUCAGAUCAUUUUUUUUUUAUUUUAUGCAAAACAUUAUACUGUGCCCAGCUCAAAAAGCAGAUGGACUACAACAAUGUGAUCUGCACAGUGCUAAAACCUGUAUAAUAACAAAGAAUAUAUUUGGUGUUAGUAAAACGAUGGAGAAGGUACAGCCUAACUAGUUGUUGAAUUAAAGGCUCAACACAAACACAAAGCAAAAUGCUCUAGGAAAUAUCCAAGGCCUCCACAUCCACUACCCUAUAUCCUUGCUCCUUGUGUUGAUUGUAAUUAAAUGUAGUAUAUUUUGGGUAAAUAACUGCUUAAUAAAUUAACCAACAUCAAGAAAAAA